AUGUCUUUAAAGGAUUUGCUUUUGAUUCGAGCUGACGAUACUCCCAGUAGUAAUAAUUCCAGUUCCAUAAUGAGUAGCCCUACCGCUGCCAGUCUGACGGUCGUACCGUCGUCGUCUUCCCUCGAAAGCUCGACUGAUAUCUCAUCAUCUAUCCAAAUAUCGUCAACUGCGUCUUCGUCAACCUGGAUACCAUCAUCCACCAUAUCCUCAACUACAUCCUCAUGGCCAAGCUCGUCGUCCGAGUUCCUGUCCUCCACAAUAUCGUCCACUAUUCCAUCGUCGUCGUGGAUCCCGUCUUCAUCCUCAGCAUUUUCAUCAUCGUCGACAUUGUUCUCGAGUUCGUCAUCUUUCAUCCCAUCGUCCACAUCGCUGUCGUCUUCGUUCAUCCCAUCAUCAACUAUCACAUCGUCGUCCUUUUCGUCAUCCUCAACAUUUUCUUCAUCAUCAUCCUCGUUCUUCACCACAUCGCUGAGCUUCGAGUUCUCAUCGCUGAGUAUCGAGUCCACCUCGACUUCAUCCUCACAAUUUUCCAGUUCAUCAUCGUCCAGUUCCUCGUCCUCAUCGUCCAGCUUCACACCAACGACGACUUCCGCUUCGUCGUCUUCUGAAUCUUUGACUUCGUGGACGUCUGUCCAAACCCUCGAUAACACUACAAGAACUACUGUGGUCACCGCAGCUGCCACAGCAGCACAGGCUAAUAGUUCGAGUGGUUCCAGCUCAGGUAAGAAUGCGAAGGUCAUAGGAGGUGUAGUGGGUGCAGUUGGUGGUACCAUUGUUAUUGCAGCAUGUGUGGUGUUUUUCCUUUUCCUUAGAAGAAAGAAGAACAAGAACUUCGUGAACCAAUCACCGGACUUCAACGACGACACAGAGCGUGGUGAGGCUUCAGGAAACAGUGGGUUUGGUUUUAAGAAGCUUUUCGGUUCUAAAAUGACCAACUCACAAUUGAUGGGAGCAGGAGGACUUGCUAGCUACAACGAUAUUGAGAAUGGAGGAGUAAGAAAAGUGGAAGUUGAUGGCGAUUCCAACACUAGCGACGAUUUUGAAUACAGAGGGGUCACCAAUAGUAAUAACUUGGAUUCGAUGUUUAAUAAAACCUCCGCUACGAACACGAGCGGUAAUAACACUAACAGUGCCACUGCUCGACAUUCACGGUAUAAUUCCUUUGCUAAUGGCAUGGAUACUCCGUCUACCAACACUACAGCGGCUCCCCCGUACCCCGCUGGUAAUCAGGACUUUAUCUUCCUGAAUAUGUACCCUCACGAAGAGCAAGAAGCGGCGAAUCCCUACGCUUCUGCAGUAAAUAGGGGACAUGCCAGAGCGGAUUCCAAUGACUUUGAUCCCGCAGAUAUCGAUAUAGAGGAAGAACAUUUGCUACACCCUGGACAACCAACAUUUGGGGGUCCUGUUGAAACAAGAAAUUCGGGCUCAAGAUUCACUGAAGAAUUGUAG